AAAUUAUAUUAUUCCACUUCCGGCAGAUUUUCCUGGACAAUUAUUCAUACGAAGAGCUAUUGUAAAAAAAUUGGAAGCUGAAGAAUUACCAAUUCCGAAAGAAAUUAUCCAUCUAGUACCUUUUUUGGGCCCGUUACAUGUAUCUCUCAAUACACGAGAGUCAAUUAUAAUUGCAUUUCAUUCUUUUUUUGAUCAAUUAUAUAAGACUGUGUUUAAAAAAAAACAAAAGCUUGCAGCCAAACCUAGACCAUGGCGCAUUAAUUUGUUAUUGUAUUUAGCGCAUGAAGGUUGGCUUUUAAUUAAAAGGUAUAUUGUUAAAUUGUUUGAAGAAUCCAAAGAUAUAGCAUAUGUUACUUUUUUUGACCUAUUAGAUAAUUUGAUCCCUGCUGUUUUGGAUGUGUAUACACAUCUAUUUCGAGAAAAUCACUUUGAAGAGUAUGUUAGCACAAUAUUUCGGUUGUGGACUGUAAUGCGAAGAUUCCAGAGACAUAAUUAUGAUAAAAUUAUGUUGGCUUUUUUGUCUGAUAUUCAAUAUUGGAAAACAAUUGAUCAUUCGAUAAUUAAUGUUUUAAAAACACAUUUGAAUGCUUUUGACGAAUAUCCGGUUGAAAAUUUUCACAGUUUACUACGGCGUCAUACUAGUGCAAAA